AUGCGCCAAUGCCUACGCUGCUGCGACUCGCCUUCAUCUGAAAAUCGCUGCCGUUCGGGGCCCACACCCCGUCGCCAACAGCAACCACCCCGCGCCAUGAAGACCAUCAUUGCUCUCUCGCUUCUCGCUGCCUCAAUUCCAGCUGCCAUGGCCCAGCAGGAUUGCAUUUCGCUCCAAGGCUCAACAGCCUGCCCGGCCUUCCGUUCAGCCUCCAUCAGCAGGAACUUGACAGGGCAAUUCUCGUUUCUCUCCUUUGUAUCCAACGCGCAGACCUUUGAUGAUAGCUUGCGGAACUAUAUUGCAACCACAUACGCGCAGCAACAAUUUCAGAAUGUGUUGGGCUGCUCGAGUGUCAAUCUCACCAACACGACCAAUCUAUAUGCUCGCUAUACGACAACAGUGCUAUGCAAUGCCAUUGUCCAGGCCUCGCGAGAGUCAUGUGGACUGCGUAACAGGGCUGCAACGCCACUCUGUGCAGAUGCCUGUGCCGACUUUGCUAUAAGCGAACAGGGCAUCGUCGCCUCUCCUGACCUUUGUGGUACACCGGGAAAUAAUGCGGUUCCCCAAAUCCGAUCGGACUUCACGCGUUGUUCAAACCCAGCAGAAGCGUUGAGUGGCAACUGUAUCGAGGCAGUUGACAACGAGCCCGAUGAAUGUGGCUACCAAGGCAAUUUGCGCGGCCUCUGUGCAUACUGCGGAGGCAGUACCGUCAACUCUACCGACUCGUGCUGCAUUACUUCGAAUGUAGAGUCGCGAUGCCAGGGGGUCACUCUUCCUCCCAUCCGCUCCAUGCCACCAUUGUUCCCCUCCGGCACGUCUUCCGCCGGGCCAAGUUCGACUGGUGGUGGAGGCUCCCACGGCGACCGCCCUUCUGGGUCUGGGCUCUCUGGAGGCGCGAUUGCGGGCAUUGUUAUUGGAUCACUCGUGGGAGCAGCGCUCAUUCUAGCAGCAGUGAUCUUCUGCUGUAUUCACGUGCGAAAGCGAAGAAACAGCCAAGCUGGCAGCGUCUUUAACACACCAGUCCAAUCGUCUCUUCAUUCCCCAAAAGGAGCACCGAAACCUCCAAUGGCUUAUGGCGGCGACAGUCAUCCCUCGGCUACGAUCUUACCAGGAGCUCGUGUCCAGCGUAUGUCAGCUUUGGAAGGCUCGGCUUCUUCAGAAAGCCAUAGUGAUAGGGACAGUCACAUGCUGACAGCCUACGGUGCCGCCCGUGGUUUCGACUCCCCCAGAUCGAUACGGGGCGCUCUUCCAAAACGAGAAGGCUCCCUAUCGAACCAUUCAGCUCUUGACACAAGCACCACAACACCACAUUCGAGAUCUGAUCAAGGACGCAACUUCUCUAGUCCAGAAGGCCUAGCUUCUGGACAGUCUGAGCAAUUGCAAUUUUUCAAAGAUUACUAUUCCCAGGAUGACAUCCACCCGAACGACACAGUCGCCACGCUCUGGGCCUACCAGCCGCGGGCUGGUGAUGAAUUCGAACUGGAGCGUGGCGAUAUGCUCAAGGUUGUUGGCAUCUGGGACGACGGCUGGGCAACUGGUGUGAGGCUCUCAGAGACAGCCGAACAGUGGGAAGCCCGAAAGAUUGAACAACGCGACUCGGGCGUUAGCAAUGGAGGUCGUCAAUCACAAGUCGAAACUGAUGGCGAGAUCAAAGCGUUCCCGCUAGUAUGCGUAUGCUUACCACAGCACUGGCGAAAGACGAUUGAAGGCGACAGCACGGACACGGGUGGGCAUGGGAGUGGAGUUGUCUCAUCCUCUUCGCCAUCGCCCGAUUGCUCGCCACCGCAAUUCUGGUCUCGAGCUCGUAAAAUGAUGGAACAUCCUGACUCUGCGCCCUCUCAAGCAAUGCGGCCUUUGCUCUUCAAGACUCCAAAGCCAGGUUCCACGGGCUCCAGUACGCUCAUCAACUCUCCGCCCAAUUACUAA